UUUUCAAGAACGCACAUUUACAUAUAUAAAGAGCCUUAUCCUUAAAGAGAGUAGAAGAUACGUUUGGUUUCUGGUCUGUUCAGAGAAGAGAAAUGGAUGGGCUUAGCCACAUCGGUCUUCCUGUCCUGGGGAUUCUCGCAGUCUCCGUCGUUACUUUCUACGUCGUUAGCUUCGCCGAGAUCAGAGAGAAAUCGUUUAAAGAUUUGUACGACUCAGAGAAUGGAGACGGAGCAGGGUUCAAGACUUCACUAAGUUCGAGAGAGAGAAGAUCGAGAAGAGAGGCAAAUAAGAAACGUCCUCGAUCUUGAAAAAUCCCCAAAAAAUAGCAAUGGAGAGUGGAGAGAAAACUAAGGCUUGUGUGCAUUCAAAAGCCAUCUUUGAUUUUGGUUGGUCAUAUGGUUCUGAUCACAUAGUGAGAAGUCCCACUGUUGUCUCUGUUUCCAUCAAGUAGACUGCAAAAUAACUAAAGCUUGUGUGCAUUCAAAAGAAAAGAUCCAAUCUUUGAGUAAAUGGGUUUUUAAAGUUGGAAA